GCACUCCAAAUUACUACCUGUUGCCAAUAUAUAAUGACCUCGCGCUCCAACAUCACAGGCGUUCCCAUCCUCAUUCACGUUUAAAUCCAUUCUAUUACAAUCAACUUCUCUCAAAUCAACCGACCAUGUCUAUCCAAAACACGUUUCAGAGGUUUGCAAGCCCCAGUGAGAGGCGCGUCAUCAGCCGCGAGGAUCUCGGAUUCUACCAUGCCGUGGUUGUGGGGGCGGUCUAUGAGUUCCCAAAAGAGGCUCUGGUCGAUUCUCCCAGCACAUUUUUCCAGCCCCUCAGGCGAUGCAUUGAGACAUGCCCUCAUUUAUGCGUGGUCGUGAGGGAUGCGCACACCGAGAAGCCGUUCUAUGAACGCGUUCCUCACAUCGACCUUGAAGACCACGUAUCUAUUGUCAAGAACAAUUCGCCUAGCGAGGAGUUGCUUGCGAUCGAAAAUGCGCUAGCCGCAAUUUUGGAUGAGCCAUUCCCCUCUGGUAUUCCGUCCUGGAAGAUUGUCAUUCUACCUUUGCAAUCAUCGCGAUGUUUUGUUGCCUUCGCCUUUUCCCAUGCAAUUGGUGAUGGGCCAACUGGGGCUGCCUUUCAUCGCAAAUUCCUGACAGCAUGCAAAGACUCCUCAAGAAUGAACAUACCAGCAAUGCGGGUGGUGAAGACGCUGGAUAUGCAGCUGCCCAGUCCUUUCGAUACUGCCGAAAGAUUCCCAAUUUCUUGGGUUUACCUUCUGGCACCGCUUAUAAUAUCUUUGUUACCAACGCUUAUUACAAAGUUCUUCGGUCUACAGGCGACCGCUUCUACCACCAACGCCAAUACUUGGACUGGCUCCCUCAUUUCGAACGACCCCCAAGGUUCUCGUAGCAUGAUUAAGGUGCGCGAGAUUGAUGCAGUUCAUCUCGAAAAAGCUCUGGUCAUGGCGAGAAAACAUGAUGCAAAGCUAACUGGAACGAUGCACCAACUCAUCGUCCGGGCACUGAGCAAGAUUAUCCCUAAUCCCAACAUUACCGACUUUGUCUCACAGACACCCAUCAACAUGCGUCGAUCGAUCGGCAUAUCGAAUGAAGAGAUGGGAAACUUCUUUUCAGGUAACUAUGUGGUCUAUCCGCGACUCGACAGCUCUACCCCCUUCUCCCAAGAAAACUGGGAAGGUGCCUGUGUAGCGACUCGAAAGCUGGCAGAGUCCGCCUCAACGCUGCAAGACCAACCCAUUGGGUUGCUUAGAUACUUGUCAAGCAUCAGGAAGUGGACUCUUGAGAAUUUGGGACGGGAGCGAGACUGCUCAUUCGAGCUGAGCAACAUUGGUACUGUCGAUGGCAGUCAACGAGAGACUUCUAAUGUCGACGAAACUCAUCAAAUCAGACUCAUGAAGAUGGUUUUCGCACAGCCAGGGCAUAUAACUGGUCCUCCACUCUGCUUCAACAUUGUGAGUGUAAGGGGAGGAAGCUUGGUAUAUACCAUAACGUGGCAAGUGGGUGCGCUGGGCGUUCCGGAUGGCGAUGAGGAGCGAUUCGUUGACGACAUUUGUUCUACACUGGCCAAAGACUUUGAGAACAUACAGUAG